AUGAGUGUGUUUCUCUCGACCUGCAGAGGGUUUGGAGAUCCGACUUUCAAGAGUCCGGAUCCGAUAGUGAUCGUCACCCCCGACGUGAAAACCGUGGACCUGGUUCCCGAAGACUGGGCCUGUGUCCUGGGAAGCGAUGGCAUCUUUGAUGCUCUCAGCGACCAGGAGGUUGCAGACGUUGUUUGGCGUGCCAUGGCCGGUCACGGCAAGGAUGCCGUGAGGGCUGCCAGGGAAGUGGUGCAGACGGCCCUGCGCAAGGGAAGCCGCGACAAUGUGACUGCUGUCAUUAGCCGAUUUGGCUGGGCCAGCCCCCCGGAAAUGGACUCGACGGUGGCUGCAGUGAUAUCUUCCUCAGGGCUGGAGAACACUGCCUUCACUGCCCCCGUGGAGCCAUCUGAUGAUGUCAACAUGUUCGGGUGA